AUGGCGUCGAUUCUUGACCAGUACGAACUCGCAGCAUCGCGGGGCGCAGUGGAUUCCCUCAACCCCUUUCUCACUCCAGACACAGUAGAACCGAUAAGCACAGGCUUUGUGGAGCUGAAAACUGAAGAUGAAGUACCAAUAUUUAGACGACAGAAGAUCAACUUUAGACCACCAAGCAAUAUGGUGGACUUGGUUGUGAGUAACAACACUGUUGCUGUUGGGUUGAGCACCAAUGUAAUCAUGAGGAUUGACUUAGCGAAUACAUCAGAAAUAGAUAGUGUUGAAGUGUGCAAGAGAUUAGAUGAUACCAUACACAGGAUAUUCAUAGACCCCACUGCUCGACAUCUCAUAGUGUGCAUGAAGUCACAAGAGUCGUACUACUUGGCUAGAAAUUCUAAAAAGCCCAAACCAAUGACUAAAAUGAGGGGCCAUCUUAUAAGUGCUGUUGCAUGGAACAAGUCCAAGUUGACAGAGAGCUCAACCCAAACCAUCCUGCUUGGUACUACAUCAGGUUCGCUAUUUGAGACUGAGCUGGAACCUGAGGAAAAGUUUUUCCAGGGAGGAGUAGAGCGCUUCUGUAAACAGUUGUAUAACAUCAACUCUAGCGGAGAAAGAGAAGAACCUAUUUGUGGCAUCAUGUUUGACAAGUUUCCAGCCACACCCCAGUCAGAUAGACGCUAUCUCAUCAUGGUCACUUCUCUCACCCGCCUUUAUCAGUUUAUUGGCGAGGUAUCCAGUUCUGACCCUCUGUCAUUUGUUCCCUUGUUUGUUGACUACGAAAACAGUCCUGCACCAUUUCAUGAGAUGCCAGGGACUUUGUCGCAUGGUGAGCUUGUGUGUUACUAUCCCAAGCUAAGAGCUCUGCCUUCUUCCUUUGCUUGGCUCACAGGAAGUGGCAUUUAUUAUGGUAAACUUGACUUCAAUGCACAAGACUUGACAGACAAUGUCAUCACAGAAUCCAAAUUACUAGUCUACAUGCCCUCAGGGGACAGUAAAGAGCCUGUCCCGCCAUUAUCAGUAGGAAUCACUGGUUUCCAUGCUCUGCUUCUCUACAAGGACAGAUUUGAGGCUGUUUCUUUGCUCAGUGAAGAAGUGGUGUUUGAGGAUAUUCUGCCGCCUCGGUAUGGCGCCAUGCGUAGGAUGUCUCUAGACAUGGUAAAGAAGACAGUUUGGAUCUUCUCAGAUACUGUGAUAUUCGAGUAUCAGAUCAACAAGGAAAGCAGAGAUGUGUGGAAAAUGUAUCUCAACAAAGGGGAGUUUGAACUGGCAAAGAACUACUGUCAGGACAACCCCGCAAACCUGGAUAAAGUGUUAAGGAAACAAGCAGAGGACAUGUUUGAUAAGAAAAGUUACACGGCUGCGGCGAAGUGCUACGCGGAGACCCAAGUGUCGUUUGAAGAAGUUGCCUUGAAGUUCAUUCACGUGGAAGACCGGCAAGCUCUCAGGAUGUUCUUAAUCAAGAAACUAGAAGGCUUAAAACCCCAGGACCAGACCCAGAUGACGAUGAUUGUGAUGUGGCUGAUCGAGCUCUACUUAAAUAACCUUGGUCAGCUGAAGGAGUAUGAAGACACUGCUGCCGCGGAGAGAGAAAAACUGCAGACGGAGUUUAGGAGAUUCUUGGCUCAGAUUAAAGUCAAGGCCUGCCUUGACCAGAACAGAAAAACAGCGUACGACCUGAUUGCCAGUCACGGCGACGUCGAGAAUCUUGUAUUUUUCGCGAUGUUGAUGGAAGAUUAUGAGCACGUGAUCAACCACCAUGUCCAACAUGACGAUUACCCAGCAGCCCUUGGGGUCCUUACAAAACAGGCCGACACAGAGCUUUACUACAAAUUCUCCCCAGUCCUCAUGCAGCAUAUCCCUAAACAAACAGUCAGCGCUUGGAUUGAGAAGAAAGGGAGACUGGACCCUAGGAAGCUUAUUCCCUCACUCGUGCACUAUCACCAGCAGGGCAAAACUAUCCAGGCUGAGGAAGCCGUGCGGUACUUGGAGUUCUGUAUCGAGAGACUGGGCACUUCGGACCAAGCCAUCCAUAAUUACUUGCUGUCGCUGUAUGUGGAGCUGAAUGACGACGACGCGCUGUUGAGAUACCUACUUAUGCAAGGAACGAAUGCUGACGAAGUAAAGUUUGACCUGAAGUACGCGCUAAGGCUUUGCUCUGAGCACAACAAGGACAGAGCAUGCGUGCAUAUCUACAAUACUAUGGGCUUAUAUGACGAGGCUGUUGACCUUGCCCUCAAGAAGGGCGACGUGGAUCUCGCCAAGAGGCAAGCUGAGAAGCCCCCUGAGGAGGACGAGGUCCUUAGAAAGAAGCUCUGGCUGCGCAUUGCACGUCACGUGGUCGAGGAGGAGCAUGACGUCAAAAAGGCGAUGGAAUUCUUGAAUCAAUGCGAACUACUGAAGAUAGAGGACAUUCUGCCAUUCUUCCAAGACUUUGUGACCAUAGACCACUUCAAGGAUGCGAUCUGUUCGUCGCUGCAGGAGUAUAAUCAGCAUAUUCAAGAUCUCAAAGACGAAAUGCAGGAAGCAACAGAAAGCGCUAAGUCUAUAAGAACCGAUAUUCAAGACAUCAAGAACAAAUGCGGAGUUGUGACUGCUAAUGAGAAGUGCUCGACGUGCGAGUACCCACUGUUCACGAGACGAUUCUACUUAUUCCCCUGUCAGCACGCCUUUCACACCGACUGCCUGAUACAAGAGAUAUCCCCACACUUGAAGGAAAGGCAAAGAUCCAAAGUGCACGAUCUCUGCCAUCAGUUGUACCCAGGCUCUCUGCAGGCUGAGACGUCCUCUGUAUCAUCACAUACACCGCGGGACACGCUCAAGGCGGAACUGGAUGAGCUAAUUGCCGGAGAAUGCGUUUACUGCGGGGAAAUGAUGAUCAGGAGUAUUGACCAGCCUUUCAUUUCCCCCGAUGAGUUUGACGAGGUACAGAAGAGCUGGACAUGAAUAAGAGGCUGCAUCGUGUAUCAAAUCAGAGCACGAUCCUGACAUCACGUGGCACAGCGUCAUGACAUUUGUGGUGGAAUAUUCAGCAGAUAUCGUUUUACCACAAUCGCUGGCUGUGCUUCAGAUAGUCGUGAGAAAUGACGGAGAGAUGUGCAAUGCAAACAGUCAUACUAGAAACAGCUGACAUUGAUACAACACAAACGUCUCUACCAAGUAGGGUAUAAUUAUUUAAAUAACAAACAAGAAAUUCAAAAAUAGAAAAGAAACAUUUUAGAAUACUGAUUAUUCUAUAUAUUAGACUAACAUUGCUGGAUACGCAAUAACUGUAUAUAUCUAUUAGAACUUUACAUAAAAAUCAAAUAUUUUAACAAUUU